ACUUCUACACACGCGGACAUAUAAAUAACCUUUGUCGUUUACAGGUUAAAGAUAGAUGAUAGAUAGAUCGAUUAAAAAAGAACAACCUAAGCUACUCAAUCUACCUAGCUACAACAAACAAACCCAACUUCUUUUUCUGUUUCCUUUGAAAAAACAUUGUCUACUUUCAGUUUCACACAUAGCAUCUCAAACAAGGAUCUUCUCACAAACACAAACACAACAACAACCUUAGUUCAUUCAUAAGUUUGUUUCCAAGUUCCGACAUUUUUUUUACUUAAUUACCCAGUGGAAAUAAAUAAUUAGGAGGAAAAGAUGCAGCAGACACCGCAAAUGAUUCCUAUGAUGCCUUCAUUCCCACAACCAAACAUAACCACCGAACAGAUUCAAAAAUAUCUCGACGAAAACAAGAAGCUGAUUCUGGCAAUAUUGGACAAUCAAAAUCUUGGAAAACUCGCAGAAUGUGCCCAGUACCAAGCUCAGCUUCAGAAGAAUUUGAUGUAUUUAGCUGCAAUUGCUGAUGCGCAGCCACAAGCACCAGCCUUGCCACCACAGAUGGCCCCGCACCCUGCGAUGCAACAAGGAUUCUAUAUGCAACAUCCUCAAGCUGCAGCAAUGGCUCAACAACAAGGAAUGUUCCCUCAAAAAAUGCCAAUGCAAUUCGGUAAUCCGCAUCAAAUGCAGGAACAACAACAACAGCAGCAGCAGCAGCAGCAGCUACAUCAUCAGGCUAUGCAAGGUCAAAUGGGGCUUAGACCCGGAGGGAUAAAUAACGGCAUGCAUCAAAUGCACAACGAGGCUGCUCACGGAGGUGGCGGAAGUGGUGGUCCAAAUGAUGGACGUGGUGGUGGAAACAAGCAAGAUGCUUCGGAAGCUGGCACAGCCGGUGGAGAUGGUCAAGGAAGCUCUGCCGCUACCGCGCACAACAGUGGAGAUGCUUCAGAAGAGGCAAAGUGACCUCAUUUUCGUGUAUGUUGUUUAAUAAGACAAAAACAUGUGACUGUUGAUAGUAGGAUUUUCUUAAGGUAGCAGGACUAGUAUGAUCUGAUGCCCUUUGAUUGGUCGACCAAAGGAGCUUAGGUAGAUGUUGUGUUGUUGGUAGGGUUUUGGCGUGCAGCGAGCCGUGUCGACUAAAAUUGUUGUUGCCACUAUAUAGGAAGUACUCGUUAGUCAGUCAUUAUCGGAAGAGGUGAAAGUUUGAGAAGUUUGUGUUCCAUACACAAUGCCCUUCAAGUUUGUGAUUAACUUCUUUUGUCA